AUGAAUGUAAAACUCUUAAGGAAGUAUAAAAGUUUUAUCGGGGACAAUGAGUUUUUCCGGGCGUUUAUACCCAACUAUGAAGAUGUGAUGAAGGGAGAUGACGAGCCUAUUGAGCCGUAUACAUUUAUUAGUAGCCCUAAAUUUAUUAUUCAUGAACUUAAAGAUUAUCAGAUUGAAGGAUUGAAUUGGUUGAUCAAUAUGCAUGAAAAUUCCAUAAAUUGUAUACUAGCUGAUGAGAUGGGCUUGGGAAAGACACUUCAAACAAUAGCGUUUCUAGGAUACAUCCGAUAUGUAAAGAAAGAACGGAAGAGACAUUUAAUUGUGCUUCCAAAGUCUACACUUGCAAACUGGAAGAGGGAGUUCCGGAAGUUCAUGCCAAAUUACAAAGCCCGAAUAUUCUACUCCUCUCGGAAAGAGAUGAAGAGAGAGGCAGAAGAGAUUAUGUCCUCGAAAUGGGAUGCUUGCUUGACUACGUAUGAGAUGUGUAUAAAUGCAAAGAACAUUCUGAGCAAGGUCAACUGGUCAUAUAUAAUUAUCGAUGAAGCACACAGGAUAAAGAACGAGCAUAGUCUUCUUAGUAAGAUAGUACGGAUUUUCUCUUGUGACCAUCGUCUUCUUAUUACCGGAACACCUCUCCAGAAUAAUGUGCACGAGCUAUGGGCACUGCUAAACUUUAUAGUUCCGGAAAUCUUCAACGAUGCCGAGAAAUUUGAAAACUAUGUGAUGAGCAUAGAAGAAGAGGAUGGGGAAGCCAUUAAAAGGAUCAGAAAUGUUCUGCAGCUGUUUUUCCUAAGAAGAGAGAAAAUUGAUGUUGAAAAAGGAUUAAUUCCAAAGAAGAUUAUAAACUUGUAUUCGAAGCUAAGUCCUAUGCAGCGGGAAUGGUAUAAGAUGCUUUUGAAGAGGGAUUUGUCGCCGCUUGGAAGCACGAGAGACCCGAAGGGGAUGCUUAUGAAUGUUGUAAUGCAGCUCCGGAAGUGCUGCAACCACCCGUACCUGUUUCCAGAUGCAGAGCCAGAACCCUAUACGAAUGACAAGCAUAUAAUCGAGAAUUCUGGAAAAAUGAUAGUGCUUGACAAGCUGCUGGAGAGCCUCCGGGCUAGAGGGUCACGGGUUCUUAUUUUUAGCCAGAUGUCGAUGAUGCUGGACAUACUUGAGGACUAUGCCAUGUUCAAGGAGUAUGAAUACUGUCGAAUUGACGGGUCUACGUCGUACAAAGACAGGACAGAAGCGAUAGAUGCAUUCAAUGCAGAGGGAAGCGAGAAGUUUAUAUUUCUCUUGACUACAAGAGCAGGAGGACUUGGAAUCAAUCUGUCGACGGCAGACACGGUGAUUCUGUUUGACUCGGACUGGAAUCCACAGAUGGACCUCCAAGCACAGGACAGGGCCCAUAGAAUAGGGCAGAAAAAGCAGGUUGUGGUCUUCCGACUGAUAAGUGAAAACACUGUGGAGGAAAGAAUUGUCUAUAGGUCAUUGCAGAAGCUCAAGCUGGAUGAUAUUCUGCUUCAAGGACGAUGCUACAAAAGCUCUGGGGUUAGUCAAUCGGAGCUGAUCGACAUACUAGCAAAUGGAAUGGAAAUUACAGAAGAUGAGGAGAAGGACGAGAAUAUCGAAGACUUGAUUAGAAGAGGAGAGGAAAAGACACGGGAAAUGAAUAUGAAGCUAUGUGAUUUCAAGAUAAGCGAUACGUUGAACACAAACAUUGAUUGUUACACCUGGGAGGGAGAGGACUACAACAUCAAGAAGAUCGAGAAUUUUAUUGAGAGCAAUCAGGAUGCUUAUGGGAGAUCUUCACGAACAAGCGUUCUCUUCCGCACGAGGCCCCGGAUUAUUGAAUAUCCCGAAUAUCAAUUUUAUCCUCGGGAGCUUAUGGAGAUCCAGGAAAAGGAGAUUAAGCUCUACGAGGAGGGAAAAAGCCUUUCUCCAGAUGAGGUAGCCAGGAAGAAGGAGCUUCAAUCCCAGGGGUUUGAUUGGACAAAGAAGGACUUCCAAUCGUAUGUAAAGGCUAUGGAGAAGGUUGGAAAGGAUGAUGUUUCUAAGAUUGCCAUGCUUAUGAAGCAUAAGAAUGAUGUGGAGGCAUAUCAUAAGGUUUUUUGGGAGAGGGUGAAUGAGCUACGAGAUGCUGAGAAGAUAAUAAGUUCCAUUGAGAAAAGCCAGAAGAAAAUGGAAAGGAGAUCUAAGAUCAGGGAGAUGAUAGAAGGGGAUUUCGAUAGCAUUAGUGCGAAAUUGGGGAAGACUCGAUCAAGACUUGGGGAUUACAACCCUCUCUUGAUAGAUCUUUACAGAAAAUACAUUGAUCAUCCUAACUGGGUGGAAUGUAUACGAAAGGACAUCUUGAAGUUACCGGAGUACAAAUUUGAUUAUUACCUUCUGUCGAGAACAAACUCCGACAUCCAGAAGCAUAUCAACCAUCUUAUCUCUGCACUGGCCAAGUAUUGUAAGGAGACCAAGGACACAGAUCCCAUCAAAGCAUAG